UUCCUACUUGCUCAGAUCUACAAGACUAACAAGGGCAACCAGAAAGCUAAGAGGGGCAGCGAGAAGAACUUGGAGAAGAAGCUGCCUCCUGCAAGGAUAUUAUUGUUGAUUUCGAGAUACAUCCUCCAAUGAUGUAGGUCUGUUGGGCUGUUAAGAAGUUCAAAACUUGAAGAACAAUGUUAUCCUUUCAUAGUGGUGAACUUGGUACAUAUGAGAUUUAUGUCUGAUCACUCUUCAUCC